CUGGAACCUUUAGGGGUUGUUUUAUUAAGAUCUAUGUUUGAUAAGAAUUUCCAAAAAGCUUUUGUCAAUAGUAAUAAAUUACCAAAAAUUGUUCCAAGAGGGUUAGUUAAUACUGGUAAUAUUUGCUUCAUGAGUUCAAUUUUACAAUUGUUGUUAUAUUGUCAACCUUUUUUCCAAUCUUUAAAUAUCAUUUCAUCUAAAACUAUUCAAUCAUUAAAUAAAUCCUCAUCAACAACACCAUUAAUUGAUGCAGUUAUUGAAUUAUUUAAAAAUUUCAAUAUUAAAUUAGAUGAUGAUAAAUUGGGUAAUGGAUUUGGUGAUUCUUUUGUCCCUGAACAAUUUUAUAAAGAAAUUUCUCAACAUUCAAGAUUUAGUCAUUUACAAUGGGGUCAACAAGAGGAUGCUGAAGAAUUUUUUGGAUAUUUAUUGGAUGGAUUACAUGAAGAAUUCAUUUCAAGUGUUAAAAAUUUAAAAGAUAAUGAUAUUAAAAUGUUGUUGGAUUCAAUAACGAGUGAAGAAGUUCGUACUUUAAUUAAACAAUCUUUGGAAAAUUUUUCAAAUGAAGAAGAUUUUAAAUCUAAAAAUGAAUCAAAUAACAAUAAUAACAAUUCAAGUUCUUUAACUAGUGAUGAUGGAUGGCAUGAAGUUGGUAAUAAUAAGAAAAAAGUUAGUGCUAAAAGAACAGUUGAAGUUAAACCAUCUCCAAUAAGACAAUUAUUUGGUGGUCAAUUUAGAUCUGUCUUGGAUGUUCCAAAGCAAAGAGAAAGUCAAAGUAUAACAUUAGAUCCAUUCCAACAAGUUCAACUGGAUAUUUCAGAUGAUAAUAUAAAUACUUUAGAAGAUGCUUUUAAACAUUUAUCACAAGUUGAAGAAUUACAAUAUAAAUCAGAUGAUGGAAGUGAUGUUAUUGCUAAAAAGCAAACUUUUAUUGAUAAAUUACCUGAAGUGUUGAUUGUUCAUUUGAAGAGAUUUUCAUUUGUUAAUAAAUCUAGUCAAAAUGAUGAUUUGAAAAAUGGUUAUUCAAAUCAUUUACAUUCAGGACGUAUUGAAAAAAUUGGGAAAAAAAUUAAAUAUGAUCAUGAUUUUACAAUUCCAACAGAUUGUAUUUCCAGUGCAACAAGAAAAUUUAAUCCAAAUUUGAAUUAUAAAUUGAUUGGAGUUGUUUAUCAUCAUGGUAUAAGUUCAGAAGGUGGACAUUAUACAGUUGAUGUCUUGAGAAAAGAAUUGGGAGAAUGGAUUAGAAUUGAUGAUACUAAAAUUACAAAAUUAAAAGCUCAAGAAGUUUUAAGUGGUGAUAAUGAUAAUAAUGUUAAAACUGCAUACAUCUUGAUGUAUCAAAAAGUUAAUAAUUGA